AUGUAUAUUACAAUUGAUAGGAAGUAUGUUUUUGUGUAAAAAAAAUCGUUAACAUGGCAUGUUGUAAGGGGAAAGGAUUAUGUGAAAAGUGUUGUAAGGGGAAAGGGCCAUGUGAGAAGUGAUUGCAAACCACUGCAGUUUGACUUUCAUUUGCUUUGUAAAGGUUAUGGAGAGCAGAUACAGUAAGAUUACGGGAAAGUUUUGUGAGCAUUACAAACAGAGCUGCAUGACCAGAUAUUGAUUCUGAAUGUGUGAAACAGGAUAUUAACAUUUUAUACUUUGGAUGUUUUAUUAUCAGUUCUGUGAUUGUAAUCCACAAGUGCCUUAUUAAAGCAUAGAACUUCAGUUUACAAAAAGGGAUCACUUCAAGAUGCGAACAAGGUUAAAGCAAUGAAAACUGCCAUAUCGCCAAGAGGCCGAGAUGGCCAUUCAGAUGCUUCAUCUCAAAGGAUGAAUCGACGCAGAGAAAGUUCUGAAAAAAAUUAUGAGGAAGUAGCAAUUAUUGGCAAUGGUGCUUAUGGGACAGUCUUUAAAGCAAGAGACCUCCGUAAUGAGGGACAGUUUGUGGCUAUGAAACGGAUACGAAUAUGCAAUACAGAGGAAGGAAUGCCAAUGACAGCGAUAAGGGAGAUAGCACUUUUGAAACAACUGGAGAAGUAUGAGCAUCCAAAUAUUGUCAAGUUGCUGGACGUGGGACACACUAAUGUAACAGACAAAGAGAUACGAGUGUAUCUUGUCUUUGAGUACAUUGAUCAAGAUCUUGCCGCCUACCUCCAGAAAUGUCCGUCCCCAGGCCUUGGCCCAGAUCGAAUUCGGGACCUGAUGCUACAGCUGGUUAAUGGUGUGGACUUCCUGCACAGCAACCGCAUCAUCCACCGUGACCUGAAGCCACAAAAUAUCCUCAUCUCAUGUCAGGGUCAACUAAAACUGGCAGAUUUUGGCCUAGCACGUAUUUACAGUUUUCAGAUGGCCUUGACAACAGUGGUUGUGACAUUGUGGUAUCGUGCGCCUGAAGUUCUUCUCCAAGCUAAAUAUGCCAUGUCUGUUGACCUUUGGAGUUGUGGCUGUAUUUUUGCUGAACUUUUCAACAGGAGAGUUCUGUUCAAGGGGAACUCCGAAUUUGAUCAGCUUAAAAAAAUAUUUGAGGUCCAGGGGCUCCCAGCCGAAUCGGACUGGCCAGAAGGUGUCUCUAUUCAGCGAAGUGCAUUUGGAUCUCAAGUGCCUCAGCCUCUUGAGGGUUUGAUCCCUGAAAUGGACCAGAUGGCUAGAGAUCUUAUGGAGAGGAUGCUUACUUUCUGCCCAGACCGCAGAAUUAGUGCUAGAGAUGCCUUAAAUCAUCGAUACUUCCGCGAUGAUCUUGACAGCAUUAGAACAUCAAGUUCCUUGUCAACAUCUGAAAAUGAUUCAUUUGACACAGAUGGGCGGUCCGACACACCAGUUAGCAAAUGAUGCUUUUUUGUGCCAUAAAAAUGUCACAUUUUAGACUACAUUUUCUCCCUUUGAACAAUUGACGCUAUGCUGAAUAUUGAACAGGGUUUAUGAUGUUUGUGUCAUGUGUGUGUCUGCAGGUGUACAUGUAUGGUGUGUCUACAUGCGCUCACAAGCGCUAACACUAUGAUAAUAGUGAAAUCAAUGCAACAGAAACUGAAUAUUUUGAUUCUUUCAUAAAACAGAAAUUGUACAAAGAAGUGUGAGAGAAGGGUAUACAUUUAAAUGUUCAUGGAAGGUCAUUGAAUGUCUGUAUAAUAUUUUAUGAGGGGGGUUUUAUUUUUAUUUUUUAAUAUUUUUAAUACUGAUAUUUUAAUAAAAAAUAUUUUUUUAGUUAAACAAAGUCAGGAAUAGCUGGUAAUUAAGAGAUUUUGCCAUAAAUGUUUUUCCCGACUUGAGAAUUUUUAAAAAAGGCCCAUGCAAACAGCAAGAUUUUGCUUAUAAGGGAAAUAACAUCAAAUAUUGUAAUGAAUCAUUAAAUUGUGUAUUUAAGACUUUCAGUUUCUCUCAUUUUUGUUUCCAAGAUGAUUAGGUUGUUUCAUCAUGGUCAAGAUUGAUUCCUUCCAAUUCAGACUAGGAAACAAUAAUAAAUAUGCUGUUUAGAUAUAAUACAAGUUUUUUGUAACAAUGUAACAUUCAAGACACAAAAGAGUACCUGAGUCUUAUUACACAUUUUCAAAGUAGUAAUGUAUCAUUUGCGUGUUUUUUUUUUUUUUUUUUUUUUGAAUUUUUAAACAUCAGACUUCAAGCUCAGUGCUGAGGUCUAGCUAUCUGAAGCAUAAAACUAGAAACAGAUCUCAAGUUACUGCUUGCAAGCGCACUUCAGGAGCUUUCACAAGGUUUGAGCCCUAUUUUGUAAAACCUGAUAUUGCAUCAUAAACAUGUUUGUUAAAGCAGAUUUGUUUAACAAUAUGUCAUAACUUGUUGAAAGUAACAGAUCAAGUAUCAGAAUAUCAAAUAGAAGUUGAAGACAUUAUUCACAGAGAUGGACACAUUUGUGAAAUAAGUGUUUUGGAAUGGCUGUAGAGAACUAGAGAGUAUCAUUAGUUUUAUGUAUUUUAGUUUACGUGUGUGUGUGUGCAUACACAUAUGAACAUAUUUAGCCCAAUUUUGUCAAAAAGGUGUGUUUAUAGGUCUACUUGCUAAUUUUAAUAGUAAAGAGAGUAAUGAAUUGUUUUCAAGUUAAGAAGGGUAAAAAAUGACAGAUUGAACUAUGUACAUCUAGGGAAAAUUGUAUCUUAAAAAACAUGUAUGCUGUGCUUUGGAGAACAUUUAUAUGCAUCAAGCAAUUUUGUCUUUUUAAUUCUUGAACAAAUUACACCCGAAGUGCUAUUAUUUAGAUCCUUUUAAUAUUGUCAUCUGCGUAAGUGCAGUUAAAAGUGUUGGUUCAAUUUUCAAAAAAUUAAAUGAAAGCGAAAAAAAAAUUCCUACCUGUCAGUACACUGCCAAGGUUUUAUUUAAAAUAUAAAACAUAUUGUAACAGUGAUUCAUAAUUCUGUCAGUGGCAAAUCAUUAUUUAUGUAUAAUUAAUGGCACUUAAAAGCCAGUUAUUUUCCUUGAUGUCUCAUUUCUGGAAGUUGCAUUAGAGAAAAAGAAAAUUGGGAUAUUGGAAUAUGUUACAUAUUUGUGAUGUAGUUCCUUUUAGUUUAAUUUGUUAUUUUCUUGUAAAGAUUCUUCAUAUAGGAUCAUUAUGUCAGCAAUAGACUUAUUUUCGAUACGAGAAAAUUCAUUUCACACAGAUCUGAAGUUUUAAGCAUUUAUUCACCAUCCGUCCUUGUGGCCAUCCACAGAAUAGAAUACAAAAUAUUUAUUGAGAAAAUUCCAUACUGCCUUACAAAACUUUUCUAUGUCAAGUAUAUAAGGUCAAUAAGGUUUUAUUGUUAUUUGUGGAUGUGUGACAUUUAGUCACUUUUUACUGUGCUCUAGAAGGUGAGUGAGAAUGAGUUUAUUUAUUGAACAGUCAUCUGUAUUUUGCAUUUGCUUGAUAAAUUGUUUUAGAAUUUGCAUUUUAUAAAAUAAUGGCUGGACAGUAAGGGUGGACAUUUUCUGCUCUGUUUUCCUGUUUUCUGCCAAAACUCAUUAACACUAAUGACAGCUGUUCAAGGCAUUUUCAACCAUUACCAAUCAGAUGUCUUGACUGUCAGGGAAUCUUCAGUAAAUAGCUUGUAAACAUGGACUAAAUCAAGUUUGUAACUAAACUUUAAAAUUCUGCUGAGAUAACUGCAGAAAGUAAAGAAAGAUUAUCUGUAGGAGAAUGAAGAUACUAAUUUGAUUGACCAAAAAUUUUAUAUUGAGAGAAUUAUUGAAAAAAAUAGUGUCAUAAGUCUGAAAGUAUCUCAGCUAUAGAUUAAGAAUAUGUGAAUAUUUGGCUUGUUGGUACUUAAGCAUUGAUUUAUCUCAAAAUUGUAUUACUUUUUUUUGACAAUAGGAAGCCAGUCUUAUUAUGUUAGAUCAGCGGUUCUCAACCUUUUACUAGUAACGCCCCCCUGACAAACAAAGGUACAUCCGCGCUCCCCCCUUAGCCAGCAAUGUAAGCUAAUUUCACUAAUACCUGGUAUAAGAAACUUUUAAAAAAUGACCACCUUCGCGCCCCCUUGUAAGCAUGUUGCUCCCCCCCCAGGGGGGCGCGCCCCACAGGUUGAGAACUGUGUUAGAUCUAAAAUUAACAUGAAAAAAAUGAUACAGUGUUGAAAAAAAAAUGUUCAGCAAAGCAUUAAAGUCUACACAUCCUCAAAUUCUUCAGCAGGGCUUCUAAUGGGACCAUCAUAUUUCUGUUGUUUUACUGAAAAUGUUUUGUAAUAUUAUAGAUUUAAUUAAAAUGUUGCAGAUUUUAGAUGAAUACAUUGAAGUAUCUAACAAGAAGAACUAUUUUUUAUGCAAGUUUUGCAAGACUUGAAAAGGUGUAAUUAUCCAUGUGAAAUGGGGACCAAUUUCAAAAAUGUUUUUAUUUUAUAUUUGCAUGCACACUGAAACUUAUUCCAGUUGAAUAUUGUAUAUGUUUGCAGUUUUAAUAUUGAACUCUGCUGUCUGUAAAAUGUGCAGUGAUUUUUUUUAAAUAGCGAGGCAUUUCUCAAAUGUUUGUGUCACCUGUGAAAAAUUGCAUCCCUUUGUGUUUGAACCAUAAGCAGUUACUAUAUCAAUCCUCAUAUGCUUUUGCCCCCUAGGAAACUAUCUCCCUUAAUUUCCAUCACCAGAAGAGCUCAAACAUCUUUUAGAACUAUUGUAAUUUACACAGGCAAAUUUUACUUGUGUGUAUUUUACUUCCUGUGAAUACAAGUUUUAUAAAAAGUUAAUUCUGGAUCUUUUUAUAAUUUCUGCUUCACUUUUGUUUUUUCAUACAGUAACAGAACUGGUUUGCAAAUGUCCUUGGUCUGCUAGUGGUGAAAAAAGCACUUUUUACAUCUAAUAAUUGAGUUACGUGUCAAUAGUUAAAUGUCUUCAUAGCACAUUGUAUCAAUAUUACAUUGUUCACUUCUGGGUGGUACAGUACUGUAUAAUACAAGUACUUUCUACAGCUUUAUUUUAAAUACUCAGAGGUGUUUUACACAUUUAACUUUGCACCCACUAAGUGGGAAAGUAUGCUAGAUGUUCUUUAUUGUUAAUAGUGUCCAAAUAUGCCUUCUGUGUGAGAGUAUUACACUUCAAAGGGGAAUGUUCAGUGUCCUCACAUCAAAAAGAGAGAUAACUAGUUAAUAUUUGUACGGGUUUAUUUUUGAACUGUACUACAUAAAAAUGUUAUUUUAGAAGAAUGAUGAAGGUAAUGAAUAAUAAUGUGCUUAAAGGCGAAGUCGUCCCUCCUGAGUGAAGUGAGUGGUAUCGCCCAUGCGAGGGAAGGUAGGAGUACACGCGGUGCGGAAUGCUAGCGGCCAGUCGUCUUCAAUUACACCACCGGGUACUCCUACCUUCCCUCGCACGGGCGAAACCAUUUCAAAACACGCCCACUUCGACUUCGGCCUUUAAGACAUUUUGCUUGAAAGCAUCAUCUUACAGUAAUAAUAAAAAGAAAAUGUUGCCCACAUUAACGGGAGUAUACUCAGCAGCAUACAGUACAGUUGAUUAAACAUCAUCGAAGUAAGUGCACGUAGAAUUAUUUUGUUGAAAUAUUUCUUUGCAAGAAAGAAAUUUUUAGCAAAGUGGUAAUGAACCAUAAAGUAAAAUUGCAAAUUUUUUUAAAUAACAUAUUAAACCUCGAAGAUCUGUUUCCUGGCCAAGACUUUAUUUUUUUGAAAACAUUCUGUAAAUGUUUGAGACUCAUGCAUUCGUUUAGUUAUAAGAAAGUGUUAUAUAUUUCUAACUGCUUCUUCUUCAUUGUGUGUGCUCUUUAGAAGCUAAAUUAAUCAUUGAACAACAGCUAAAUUUUUUUUUUUUUUAAGAUGAAGUUUGGUCAUUACUUUAUGUGGUGUUUUUACAGCAGUUUUCUCCCAUGGUAGAGCCCAUCAUUCUGUAUAAUGGCACAAGUUGGUAAUGAGUCCUACACCAAAAGCAGAUGGGUAGGAAAUUUUUGACUGCAUGUAAGAUAUGCAAGGAAAUAUAGUUCCCAGAGAGAACAUGCACAAACUAUAUAAUUAAAUCUGCUCUUUUAAUAAAAAUUAAAGUAUAUAUUAUAUUCCUCCACAAGCCAGCUUGUGCGCAGUUAUAUAUCGUCACUUAAUUAUCCUUUCAUCUAAUCUUGGAAAUCAUUGUGACUGAUGAUGGUUUGUUUGAUCCACAUGGGUCAUAAGUGGUUUAGCUAAAAUAUACAUGUACACUUUAUUAUGGCUGUAUGGUAAGUUUGAUUCUAGAAUACAUUCUUGCCAACAGUCUGCAUUUCCACCCAGAUCGAGCGUGUUCGUGUUUGUGUUCAGAAUUUUUUGUAUUAUUUGCUACUUUAUUGGGGUUUUUUCCAUGCUGUUUGUAAAUGAACACAAAAACUGAUUUGUGAGGAGACGAUUUUGUAGCAGUUUUAUAUGCUUUGUGUUUUAUGCAGGGGUCUAUUUGUUGCAUGCAUUACAGAAGGCCAGUUUCUCUUAUAGACAUGAUGCACUAAUUUAAGUGAUCCACACUUUUUGUUUUCUUUUGGCCUAGAAGUGUUUCAAUUUUGUAAAUAAGUUGAUUUUCUGAAAAUGUGGAAGUGAGUGAUCAAUUAGCUUAAUGGAUUGCCCUGUGUAUGGCAAAUGGAGUGGCUCUGAGGAAGUGGCAGAACAACUGAAACAUAUAGUGGCUUGCCCUGUAAACAAAUGAUAUGCAUCAAACAUUUUUGAAGUCGUACAAAAGAUUUAAUUAAAGAUGAUUUUUGCUUCCUUUGAGUAAGAUUUGUAUAUGAGAAAAUUUUUAGACUACAAUGCAAGAGCAAGAGAAUAAAAAAAAAUAAGUGCUGAAGGAAAUCUAACAAUUUGAUAAUUAUAUAGUUAUAAGGAACUCAUAUAGGAGACUACCCAGCUUCUUGUUACAAACACUCUAUAUCUUUGUGAGGGAUAUUGACAUUUUUUGCUUCUAGUGUAAUACAAAUCUCAAUUUUAUUAUGCGCUUAUAUACCUGAUCCAUUUACUGGUGAACAGCAUUGUUUUAAAGUACAAUUUUUUAUGCUAGUAUCAAGAUAGAGAUGUUUGAAGUCUUAGUCUUUGUUUACUUAACAAAUUAAUGUUCUUAACAAAUAUGGCUGAUUUUACAUUAUAUUGUUGAGACGCAAGGCUUACCCAAGAUCACAGUUAUUUUUAAUCGAGUGGGCAUACUUAAGGUAUUAAGUGUCCUCAAAAGACUAUGUUGCUAUUUCAAAAAAUUUUAGUAACUGUGAAGUACACUUUUAGUCAAUAAUUUACGCACAAAACAGCUGUUCUCACAUAACAUUUUUUAUUUGCUUUAUUCUUUAAUUAUAUCCAAUGCUGGAAAUGUUUUACUGUCAAGAAAAAUGAAAAAUAUACUUUCAGAUCUAAGCAUGCUACUUUAGAUAAGCAGACAUUGCAGCUGAGCACAUUGCUAUUGUCAUCAUCAGUUUCAAACUUAUUAUUUGUGUUUGAUGAAAAAUAAUUAUUAAUGUCAUCUUUAUAUGAUAUUAUAACAUCGUUUUCAUCUUCAGUCUAGAGUUUAAGAGGCAUUCGAAUCUCAUCUCAGAACUGGAAAUAAUGAGAGCUUAUUUCUUGAUUUAUGCCUUUUUUGGUGGGUGAGGGGAGGGAGGAUUUUUAGCAGGAAGUAUUUUUAAGGGAUACAAGUCUAUAGAAAGUAGCUUUUUAAUAAAAUAAAUUAUUGAAAUUGUCUCAAAAAUUUUGUUAUGCUCUAACCUGUCAGAAAUAGUGCUGUCAUAAUGAUUAUGUUAACAGAUGGUAAUUCCCCAAAUCUGAGAAAAACAGUUCUGUUCUCAAACCUUUAAACAUUACAGUUCUCACUUGGAUUGGAUUUUGCAAGGCCAAGACCUUAUCUCCUGCACUGUCACAAAUAUCACUUUGGUAAUUAAAUAAAUCCUCAUUCGUAUAUGCUUGAAAAUCUCCCAAUCGUAAGAUGGCUGUAUUUCAUUCAAACAGGAAAUUGUCCAGAUAUGAGCUUAUUGUGGGCCUGCAAAAUAUUGAAGAAAUAAUGUUUUGAUGCUGUAAUUUACAAGAAAAAGUAAUUAUUGUGCUUCAGCAUUUUAAAGAAGAUCAUAGCUAGGAUAAAUUCUGUGAGAAAAAUGGUCAUUUGGUAAGAGGACUAAUAGAAUAAUUAAGUGUGCUGCAACCUAAUAAAAGUGAAUUUCUUGAGCUCAAGAAAUUCACAAUAUUGUGCCAUUUAUGUAGAUUGUAUUUUUCAGCUGACUUGUGAAAUAGGAAACAAGCUAGGGCUCCAGUUAUCAAUCACAGUUUGUUCACUGCCUGUUAACAGUGUUAGAACGCUGCAAUAAAAUUUUGAUUUGCUUGUUUACCAAGGCAUUUUCCAUAUUUGAGUGUUCAAGCACUGAUUCAUCUUUUCUUGAAAUAAGGUGCUAAGUUGAUGUGUUUUGAUACAAAAAAAAAACCCAUUAAAUUAUUUUACCUGUUGGGAUGUUAUUAGAAUUGGUUAUGCUGAUGAUAUCUUUCAUGUGAACAUGUGAGAAAGUUGCUGAAAUAAUCUUUCUUUCAGCCUAAAUUUUAUUCUCAUAAUUUUGCUUACAUAAAAUUUAUCUUAAUUAGAAGUUAUUUGGAAAGUGACACACUACGAUGCAAGUGUCUAGUAUCCAGAGUUAAUAAAAAUGAUUUUUGUGGGGAGCUGGAAUAGCAGCAAGAAAGACUGACAGAACAAAACAUCUUAAAUGUACAGAUUUAAUGAUACAAAUAGAUGCAUAGGUAAUACUUCACCUUUAUCAACACACAAAGAAUUCAUGCAGCUCUGUAGAGGACAAAAGUGUGACACAUCAGUAUAUCAUCUUAGCACAUUUAAUAUUUCAGCAGCAUUUUUCGAGUGUAAUAUUAGUUUCAGGAGAAAUAAAAGAGAACACUGUAGAAAUUUAUAACCUGGGAAAAAACUCGAACUGUCUUUAGGUGAUUAUGUAAUAUUGUAGUUCACCAAUAGCAUCAUCAUAUGUAUUGUCUGCUAGAGCAAUUUCCUGGGGCUGGGUGUAGAGUAGUCACAAGCUGAAUGAUUAACACAGCUAUCAGUUAAAAUGCUUUGAAAAUAUUAGCAGUUGAGCUGAUUCCUAGGUUAGUGCCAUCCAGCUAGUGAUUACCAGCCUACUGUUCACUUGCCUGAGGGUGGCAUAAGUGGUACUUUUUUGUGGUGAUAUUAAUUGCUGUUAUGUUGCUGUAAAAUCUGUUGGUUCUCAUACAUUUUUAGGGGAAUCUAUCUUAAAAAUAUUUAACCAAAUCAUGUUAACCUUCAGUAAAUUAUUAUAGGGUUGCUUAAACUAAUAGCUGUUUUUAUUUCACUGUCAGUGACUUAAAACUGAAUUUUAGAAAAUGUCUAAUAGUUCAGUUUCUUGUGUAUAACUAACUUUGAGCAGCAUGAAGUUUCAGAUCAUGUAUGGACUGGAAAAUAAACAUGUAUACAUUUUUUAA